AUGAAUGGAUCCACUUCCACUUGCGGCGAAUCUUAUCUUUGUAGUACGCCGGUUCGGCUGGCGGCCGCGCUCGCUGGCUGCCCGGAGACUAGGAGCUCAGUAGUCUGUGAGCUCAGUCUCGUCUCGCCGCGCGCACCUGCCCUCAGUGUUGUGGCUUGGUGGUGGUUCUGUUUUCGUUUGAUCCUCUCCCCGCGUUCGUUGGAAACUCCCGUUCGCCGCCUGGAACCAGUCGUCGCCUGCGACUCUGCAGAGCGCUUGCUCCAUGAGCAUUCCUGGCAUGAGAGCAGAGUGCGUGCGCGGUUUGGCGCGAUGGUUGCG